GUCACUCGUCUUGUUUUUCUUCACGCCUAUGGAGAUACCUGAGAGGUGAUUAGGUUAUAAGACUUCAAAUUAUGUCACUCUCUGCCGGUGAAGUGGCAGCAAUCUUGUCAACACCUGCUCUGGCGCCACCUCCGGGAGUGACUCCCAAUUUCAAUGAGCCUCCAAACAAGAAUGCCCUGGCUUGGUUCGUGACCACCACUUGCAUGGUGGUAGCAACGCUUUGCGUCCUUCUUCGUGGAUAUGCAAAGAUAUGGUUGACGAGAAAAAUUGAAAUCGAGGAAGUCCUGAUGGUUUUGGCAUAUGGUGCCUACUGGGGAACAGCUUUUGCCGGAUACUCGUUGAUAUUUACACCUGGAUACUAUGCCCACCAAUGGAACCUCCAUUCUGGCGAUCUCGUCCAACCAUUGUACCUCAUUCUCGUCUACGGAUGCGCAUACUCUGUCGUUCUCCCUCUCUUGAAAGCGGCCAUCUUACUCGACUGGUGCCGAAUAUUCGUCCCUUCCAAUCGCACAAGGAACUCAUUCUGGUGGGGCUGCAUGUUCAUCAUAUUCGUUCAGGUUUCUUGGGGACUUGCUUGUAUCAUCCUAUUGAACAUGCAAUGCGUUCCGCAUGCUGUUAUUUGGAAGUUCUACCUCCCCAGUAAAUGCUACAGCCUCCACAAGGUUAUGCUUACAUCGGCCUGUGUGCAAGUUUUCUCGGACUGGUGUAUGGUGUUACUGCCUCAUAGAGUGAUUUGGAGGUUGCAAAUGAAUCGACAGAAGAAAAUUGGCAUAUCGGUUCUCUUCGGGGUUGGAAUAAUGGCAUCGAUCUCGGCAUCUCUCCGUCUAUCGACAACCAUCACUUUCGCAAAAGAGCCCGAUCAGAUGUACUUCAUCGGCGCACUCCUCUUUUGCGCCUGUGCCGAGAUGACAUGCUGCUUCUUCAUCUUCUGCGUGCCAUGCAUACUCGCAGUCAUUAAGCAAACAGGGCUGGCCUUCAGACUAAAGAGAUUGCUUGGUAUCAGUCUCAAGGCUAACGAGAAAGUUUCCGACCCCAACCACCCACGUUCAACACACGGCAUGCACAGAUCUGAUAUGGAGUCCACCAAUGUAAUUGAGUUUGAUGAGAAUUCGACCGUGUCACUUGGACGCCUCGAAGCUUCAGAAUCGCAAGAACACUUGCGUCCGACGGAGGCGAAAAGCACCAUGUACGUCACUCGGAUCACUUAUAUCGACGUCAGCUCAGCUACGAGCGUCGAUGAUCAGGGACGCGAGUUGCAGAGGAAGGUUAUCCCAUGGAUCAAAGAAUUGCUCGCUGAAAGCCAACUUAAUCCUCACAGAGCUCUUCAGCCAACAACUUCUUCUCCUUAG